AAGAACUCUAUAAAUCCGUGGCAAGGUAGCUCCGGAUUCUUGCUCGACAUCUGUAGUUGCCAGCCCGGCAAAGCGCUCGCAAGCCAUGAGUUAUUUGCUCAAGACCAGGUGCCAACCGACGCUGCAAAAAGCGGCGUCCUCAGAAGAACAGCAGCUAAAGAUAAAUGAGGUUCGGGAGCUGCUGGGCGACCUGCCGACGGAGAUGCCGGGCUUUCUGUCGGACGGCACCAUCCGCCGGUUCCUUCGAGCAAAAAACUGGAGCACGCAGCAAGCGACCAAGGCUCUGAAAGAAGCUGUCAAGUGGAGGCGUCAGUACAAGCCAGACAAAAUUUGUUGGGAAGACAUUCGUGGCAGGGAGAACGAGGCUCGCAGAGCGUAUUUACCGGAUUAUCUCGACAAGAAUGGACGAACUGUGUUCGUGAUCAUGACGUCAAUAAAGAGCAUAAGUUCAGAAAAGGAACAUAUUAAACAGCUAGUUUAUAACCUGGAAAAUAUGGCAAUGAACUCAGAAGAUGCAAAAGAAGAUAAUGUUAUUUGGAUGUGUGACUUCCGAGGUUGGACACUAUCAUCCACACCACUGUUGGAGACCCGUGAAUCGUUGCACAUAAUUCAGAACUAUUAUCCAGGGUUGAUUGCAGUCGCAAUUCUCAGCAACCCACCGAGGAUUUUUGAAUCCUUCUGGAAGAUGGUAAAGCACUUCAUUGAGCCAACGCUGAAAGAGAAAGUGAAAUUUGUGUACAGCAACAAUUCAGAAAGUCAGAGGAUAAUGGCUGAUAUGUUUGACUUGGACAAGCUGGAGUCUGCAUUUGGAGGAAGAAAUACAGCUGACCUUGACAUCAUCAAGUAUGCUGAGAGAAUGAGAAGACAAGACCAGAUAAGGGGAGCUUGCAAGGACACAGAUGGGAAUACCUCUUCUUCCUGACCAUGAACGAAAUCGAGUUCCUUGUAAACAGUACAUAAACUCCACUGUCACAUUAUGUUUACUUUGCAUGCACUUAGCCAAGGAAGUUCAGGGAUCUGAUCAAAUAACUUACGCUUGAUAAUUAUAGAACUCCCAUUGUUGUUCAUAAUUUGUCAUGUAAAUCGAGUUCUCAUAAAAGAAAUGAUAGCAUUUUCCCUCUGGCACAUUUUGGGGGAAAUUCACAA